CUCUGAAUGAUAUUAAGCUCUCUGAAUGACGUUUCACAGUGGUCUCUAAUCCUAUGGCAGAGACACCUAAGGAAUCAAGUUUCUUAAAAAUUAAGCACACUUAACUCGAUCUGCUGGCGCAUCGCCUUGAAAUCGAGAUGACGUCGCAAAGGCGAUAUUCAUGUAUAACAUGUGCCCGGCGCAAAGUCAAAUGCGACAAGCUAAGCCCGUGUUCGAGCUGCUCUAAAUCACAAGUCGCAUGCAUUUACCGAGACCCAGUGCCGUCUCAGAGACACCGAAAGCGCGUGACUCAACGUGAUCUCCUGGCCAAGAUUCAGGAACUUGAGACUAUCCUUCAUAGCAAUAGAAUCCCAUUUGAGGCGUUGGAUAAUUCAUGGAUCAGCUCACACUGGGAAGAGAGGGUUGCCCAAAGUCCUCAGAUCCAUGCAGACUCCGUUGAGACCGCGACGACGACUGAGGUAUCUCCCCAGGCGCAAUUUAGGGUAAACCUGAGCCAAAGCACCCACAAUUUGCUUGGUGAACAGACUGUGGCAGCACGUCUUUGGUCGGAACUGCCUGAAGUUUUGAAAACCCCGCCAAUAUUGCGACUCAAACAAGCAGACGAGGAGGCAGGAAAUAAUCCCACCCAUGAUGAUAAUGACUUGCAAGAGCCCUCACUAUUCAUCCCUACUCAUAUUUCUAUAACUGUAGGGCAGCUAGAAUUACACCCCGAUCCCAAGCACGCUUUCAAACUUUGGCAAAUCUUCGCAGAUAACGUCAACCCUCUCAUCAAAAUUAUACAUGCGCCUACUCUUCAAGAGAAGAUUCUCGAGGCAGCAUGGACCCCGGAGUCGACUGCAAAGCCGCUCGAGGCUACCAUGUUUGCAGUAUACGCACUAGCUGUAGCUUCGAUGAAGCCCGCAAGCUGUAUCCAUCUAUUCGGAGAGGGUAAGCAACUGCUAGUAAAUCGAUACCGCGUAGGAGCGUUGCGAGCUCUAUCUAUCACUGAUUUGCUCUCAACGAGAGACAUGGAAGUCUUGCAGGCUUUGACUCUUGUUCUCAUGAUUGAUCCCCAAUCAGAGCUCUCAAUUACAGCAGUCGCGCUAGCUAUGCGUAUUGCUCACAAAUUGGGGUUGCAUCAUGCCGGAAAAGACGCUCAUAUGCCGUUCUUUGAGCAAGAAAUGCAAGUACGCCUAUGGUGGUGCAUUCGCGGCUUCAACUCGCGCGCCCGCCGGGGCAUGGGGCUGUUAUCGACUAUUGACGACUUGGGCGAUGUUCGUCUCCCGAUGAAUGUCAACGACGCAGAUCUGCAUCCACUCAUGGAGAAGCCCCCCGCAGUUCAGCAUACAGCUGCCACAGAGAUGGUUUAUUGUUUGAUGAAAUAUGACCUCUGGAACUAUGUGCGAAAAUCCUCUAGAUUUUCUGGUGACCCCAACCCAAGAGAAAAGGCUGCCCAGCUGGCCACGUCAACUAGUGUUGAAAGCAUGGCAGUGAAAAGAGAGAUGCUUGGUCACGUAACUUACAUGCUCCAGGAAAGGUAUCUUGCCUACCUUGACCAGAGUAUACCACUACACCAGCUCUCGAUCGCCUUGGCGGGCCUGACCGUUCACAACCAGCGCUUUUCAAUGUUCCAUCCUCGCCACCAACCUGAAAGAGGUAGAAACAUGUCUCAAGCCGAUCAAGAUCUUAUAUUUGAAAGCAGCAUCAAGCUGCUAGAGUUAAACCGUGACUUGCGCCAAACAAACUUCUCCAUAAACCUGGUGGAUCACAUGGCGUGCAAAACUCCAGUUGAUGCCCUGGUAUACAUGGCCAGCGAGCUACGACAACGUAUCAGUGGCCACCUUGUCGAUACUGCGUGGAUAUUAUUAGAGGAAUUGUUCAACGAACAAUCUAUGACACUGCCAGGAGAACAUAAAUUUUACGCCGCGCUGGCGGACUUGAUACUACAGGCAUGGGCGGCACGCCGGCGGACACUGGAAGAUGCAAGGGACAUCGUGCCCACGUUUAUUAAAAAGCUUCAGGAAACUAGUGAAGCUGUCGAUGAUAUGCCAGGGCCAGCAUCAGCUAUGGAAAAUCUGCAAGCUGGAUUUAUGGGCGAUCUAAUGGAUGAUGAAUCUCUAAGUUGGACUUACUGGAAUGAUCUGCUCCAACUGUGAAGCCUGCGAGUAGAACAUUGUCUGAGAGAAGGUUUGUGCAAUCUUCGACAACCAAAUCUGAUAUCACUUGUCCUCUGCACUUAAAUACAUGGUGGA